AAUAGAGCAAAAAUAUAUGAAUAGUUGCACUUGAGAGACAAACGGCUGCUAGUUCCUCUAUCGAUGGAAUCCACGAGCAACUGUCAAACAAAGGCCGAUGGUAUAAAUCAUUAAAACUGAAAAAUUACCGGACUAUUUCGCCUACAGUAUAUAUUGCAAAAUGCGAGGAUAUAACUUAUCGUAGAAGCAUGUUAUCAAUCUGAUCUCUGCAUAUUGCAAAACCCCCUUGUUCUAUAUUGGUCACUGACCUCUUUAAGCUAAGGACAUUUAAUUGACAAUAUAGUCGAUCAGCAGUUAACGGGUGGAAGCAGAAAGAAUAUUCUCAGGUAUGGGUUGCGGCGGAAGUUCACAGUCCACGCUUGUUGGGAUACCCCCACAGCCUCCCUAUCAUGGCGCCCCAUGUGAAUACCGGUUUGAGAACUUCGCAAUUACUUACGUGGAGCAGUCUAACCUGGCAUUUAUGCCUACUGCAGGCAUGCCACUAAUGACCUUGGAUGAAAAGGUUUACAGCGUCACUUUGGGGUCAUUGUAUGACCUUGGAUUCCGUUUGUUGACCUUUUCGGUUAUUCCAGCUUCGCUCACAGUCAGUGGCUUUGUUACAGCUAACGUCAAGCAAACGCACAAGUAUCAAGGCAUCUGUAGGAAACUCCCCGAGGACGAAUUACCUCAGCAAUGGUCACUCAAAGUCGUCAAGUCCUAUUUGCCCUCUAAAGUUUUCACUUACGGAGUAUUCCGAAUGGGCGAUGCAAAAAUUACUGCCGACGCCAAUCACAUAUUUCAAACAAUUACGAACGAGGCUGCAAACGGGGCUAGACUUCUUUGUGUUGAAAUAACAGGGUUUAACUCUCAAAAUGUGAAGCAACCCGGAGCAACAAGUGCCGCUGCAGGCGCCUUUGGUGGCCAAGGUGCUAUGAACGUUUGCUUCUUUGGCCAAAGUCCAGACAUGAUUCUAGGUGUGGACAUCUUCUUUGAGAUACCCAGGAACCCAUCCUCCGACCGAUACGUUUACCAGUGUGUUACAAUUCCCAUGAAAAUCACCUGGACAAUGGCCAUGGCAAUGGGAGGAAAAUGGAUCGUCGAGAUGGACUGGGCAGGUGUGACGUCACAGUACCUUGGCACGGGUUGGAAACUAGUAGACGUCUUCAUGGACCAAAACAAUAGCGGUUUCCGGGAUGGGUUCUUCACGUCCAAAAUAACGAUCAACCAGAACUGCGUAUUUAUUUUCGAAAAAGAGCAGUCGAAGCUAAACGAUAACAAACCAGUAUACGAAGCUACGAUGAUAGAGUAUAACGCCCCCGGUAAAAUGGUGAUGGGUGGAAUUGGUAGCACCACGGCGCAUUUCAACCCAGCAUGGGAACCAGUUCUCGAACAGCUUGGAACUUAUGGGUGGGAACUAGUCAAAAUUUUAGACACACCAGCAAUGAAGUUUGACGGCGGUGGAUUAGGGUCACUUUCAUUUAAAAAGGUCAUGUGGAUGUUUUUGCAUCGAAAAAUAGUUGCUGCUCCACCUGCUCCAGCUGGUGGAGAAAAUGCACCGACUCCAGCGGAACCACCAAAAUAAUCUACAGGUGUAAAACUUUUCUGAACUUGUCUUACUGUGAUAUCUUCGUGUAUUAUCUAUUUGACAUAUACCUGCAACUAGUUACUCUAUCUGUCCUUUCAAAAUGGUCGCCAUUCAACAACUCACUUGGUCUUGUCUGUGAUAUUGUCUAUUGAAUCUCUGUUUGGACUUGUGUCGGCUUCUUUUUAUACAGGUACAUGUAUAUUUAUAAAGGAAUGAGUAAAUUUGACCGUGCAUGUAUUAUAGCUAAAUAACCAAGAUUUGAUGCCCUCCAAAUGAGAACUGAUUUAUUAGUUGUGUCUCUUAGUUGUAGACAACACAGAAAAGCAGCAGCAUUUUACUGCUCUGACAUAUUUGGCACUCCAUUUUGCGAUUUUAUUAUUUUGUAAGAAUAUAUAUUUCAGUCUCUGGAAUGAUUGAUAUUUCACAUUAUUAAAGAAACUACCUCUA